AUGGUGAGUGUAGGGGCUAGUCGUGUGCGGCUAAAUAUUGGUAUCUGUGAAGGGCUCAAGCCGAACUUGAUUCAAUUGGGCGUGGCCGACAAUCUGCCUAUCGAAAGCUUAAGGAAAAGUAAAAACACAUGGGGUCUCGAGGGCCAAGUAUAG